AUGUCGUGGUCGACUAGGAAAUCUAUUCAUACGCACGCAUGCCCUGCUAAGCCUAUAUAUCAUGAUUUUAUGACGCCAGACGCAAGAGAAAAGCAGCUUUAUGAGUAUGAAAAGGAAAAGAAGGAUCCCAAGUAUAAAGCAAUGAAUGCUGAGAGAGCAUUCGAAGUUGGUAUUUUUCAUCUUAUGGGACUAGGCAUCACAAAAAAUAUUCAAAGGGGAUUAGAAUCGAUCCGACAUGCUGCCGAAUUAGGAUCCUCGCGAGCAAGAAAUAUUUAUUUAUGUUUACUCGAAGUGUAUAACUUUGAGAAAACUUCCAAGGAUGAGCUUCCAGUAGAAUGGUUCAUUGAUGAAUCGCAGAAGCAGGUGGAUCCAUGCUUUCUCGACUUCUGGUAUAAAGAUCGAAGUAUUUUCAGAGUAAUUCGGGAGCAAAGAAAAUUUAAGUAUUGUCGAAAAGGAAGGCAGACGUUGAGCUACAAUAAGGACAUAGCGCCGUAUUAUAGUAUGGAGGAUACACAGCUCUUAAUUCAGCAAGUAAAUGAAACUCGUGGACGUUACAACUCGGGCGGCACUCAACACAAGGGAGGCGAAGGAAAGAACAGAAACGUCAAAAAAGAAUUUCGAGAUUCUAUCUAUUUCUUCAGGAAUGAUCCUGUGGUAUAUCCAGAUUACGACCUUGGUCCCCGAGCUUUCGCCUCCCUCCUCCACAUUGCUGCUCUUUUUGGUUUCGAUUCUGCUGUUGUUGCAUUUCUCAACUAUGGCUUUGAUAUAGAUGCCAUCAGCCGUGAAACAAUCAUCGCCACACCUUUACUCUGUGCACUAUAUCGCGGCCAUAGCAACAUUGCCGAACUUCUCAUCGAGAAUGGUGCAAGUUGCCAGCCGGCUUUUCUAUGGCCAACAGUUGAACGUCCUGGAUUUGCGCCUCCUAGUCCUCUACAUUAUCUCCUUUAUAUUGAUAAGUCCAGCGAUGCCACGAAUCUAGCGGAUUAUUGA